AUGGAGGAAUUGGGAAAGUCAUCGCAUACCGACUGGGCCAAUGUCUCGAUCGAGCAGCUACGAUCAGCCAACUUUCCCAUCUAUGUUACCUAUCAAGAACCUGGCGAUCUGAUUGUCUAUCCAUCAGCAACUUCACACCAAGUUUGGAACAUUGCUCCAAUGGUUACCAGGGUCGUUUGGAAUGUCAUGCAUACGUCUUCCAUAGCAUCCUUCUUUGAUUACAUCCAGCCCGCGUAUCAAAGGCAAUGCCACACAGACACCGGCCGAGUCCCAUUGAUUCCGCUACAUGCACUUAGAGAUCCUACUGCCCUUAGCGCAAAGGAGCUGAAACUCCUUUUAGAGAUCUUCGAGCGGCUGGUCGACGAUGAUGAUGCGGGGCCAAAUGUACCCGUAAAGCUUGUGGAUACUCAAGGUGCCGUGGUGGAAUGUAAUUAUUGUGGACUAACUAUCUGGAAUCGGCAUUUGCAUUGUGAGCAGUGCGGGGACUUCGACUUGUGCUUGCCUUGCUUUGUCUCUGGACGAAGUUGCAAACAUAUUACGGACUAUACCUGGGCGGAACUGAUUCCCAGAGAAAGUUGCCAGGCGCUAAUCGAUGCAACCCGAAGGAACGCUGAUUUUCUAUCCUCUUCAAAUCCCAGAAUAGCAGAGUAA